GCCUAGCCUGCGCCGCCGCCAAAAGCCCGCAGACUUCCCUGUCGAUCGCCGAGCCAUAGUUUCGGCGGCGUUCCUCGGUUCCGCGGCUGUCUCUGAUUCUCGCAGCCAGGUCGGCGCCGGAACCAUGUUUCGUAAUCAGUAUGACAAUGAUGUCACUGUUUGGAGCCCUCAGGGCAGGAUUCAUCAAAUUGAAUAUGCAAUGGAAGCUGUUAAACAGGGUUCUGCCACAGUGGGUCUGAAAUCAAAAACACAUGCGGUCCUGGUUGCACUGAAAAGGGCACAGUCAGAGCUUGCAGCUCACCAAAAGAAAAUUCUCCAUGUUGACAACCAUAUUGGGAUCUCAAUUGCCGGGCUUACUGCUGAUGCUAGACUGCUAUGUAAUUUUAUGCGCCAGGAGUGUUUGGAUUCCAGAUUUGUGUUUGACAGACCACUCCCUGUGUCUCGUCUCGUAUCUUUAAUUGGAAGCAAGACCCAGAUACCAACACAGCGAUAUGGCCGGAGACCAUAUGGGGUUGGACUGCUUAUUGCUGGUUAUGAUGACAUGGGUCCUCACGUUUUCCAAACCUGUCCAUCUGCUAACUAUUUUGACUGUCGAGCUAUGUCCAUCGGAGCCCGUUCUCAGUCAGCUCGUACUUACUUGGAGAGACAUAUGUCUGAGUUUAUGGAGUGCAAUUUAAAUGAACUGGUUAAACAUGGUCUACGUGCCUUAAGAGAGACACUCCCAGCAGAACAGGACCUAACUACAAAGAAUGUUUCCAUCGGAAUUGUUGGUAAAGACUUGGAAUUUACAAUCUAUGAUGAUGAUGAUGUGUCUCCAUUCCUGGAAGGUCUUGAAGAAAGACCACAGAGAAAGACACAGCCCUCACAGCCUGCUGAUGAACCUGCAGAGAAAGCUGAUGAACCCAUGGAACACUAAGUGAUAACAUGUUCUCUUGAGCCUGGAAGCAUCAGGAGCACACAGUGGCCACAGUGGUCUGUGCUGUGAUCCACCGCGUACAGAGUGGUGGGAUAGUAUGUUAUAGGAGUAAAUCCAGAUGUGAGUUUGUUUCCAAGCAACUUCCCUAAAAUCAUAUAAUGGGGUGCAUUUUUCUUUGAAGGGGUCUGUAUAAUCAUUUUCUAGAAAGUAUAGGUAUCUAAACCAAUGUUUUUUAUAUGAAGAAAAUAUUGUCUUUACAGUUUAAAUGACAACUGUGAAAUAAAAUUGUUCCACCUUC